ACCACUGCAAACAAGCAUACAGUCAACGCUGGGGCACAUGGACCAUGACACAACCAGGAUGACUCCACUCUGAGACCCACCAAGAUGCACAGCUUUGGAAUUAUGAACCACAACUGUCUCAAUCAGCCUCCAGGAAGUUUUGUGGAGUGUGUAUGUCUAUCAUGAUGUGUUUUUGUUAUGAUGAUCUGAUUGGAGGACUGACAGGCGGGAUGACUAAAGAGAGGCUGGAGGAACAGGCUCUUUAGUCUGUGCUGGUACCUAUUGUGAGCUGGCUGGAUCAACCUCGAGGGGGGCUCCCCUAGUAGCCAUGGCUGAGAUGGAGGAGUUCUCCCCCAUGUCCCCGCGGCGCACCCCAAGCCGGACCCCACGUGUGCUGCGCCUGGACCCGGCCCUGCUCCAGCGGCGUGUGUUGGAGGACCAGGUGGAACUGUGGUGGUUCCGCGAGCCGCGGCGCUCCCUGCUCUGCUACUGCAUCUCAGUGUGCCUCGUCCUGGGCUUGGGGCUGGGCGGCGUAGGCCUCCUCUCCACCACCAGCAGCCUGUCCGGGGAGUGGCGCCUAGGAGUGGGCACCAUGCUCUGCCUCCUAGCUCUGGCUGUCCUCCUCAAACAGCUCCUAAGCUCCGCUGUCCAGGAUAUGAAUUGCGUUCACAGCCGGAGGCGGAUAGAGUUAAUGAAGAGCGGUGGGAGGGCGGACCCGGUGGUCAUCAUUUUCACCGGGAUGGCUUUGGCACUCUGCGGAGGGGUCCUACUAUACAUGUCGCUGGCCAGCGGGCACCAUGGGCCCGGGCAGCGCCACAGGGAUAUGUUCCUGUCCGGGGUGGUGCUACUGUGGGUAGGGGGCACCACCGGGUUGGCGGUGGCUGGGUACUUGCUGGUAGUGCACCUCCAGCAGAGGAGAGAGAGGAGGAUGUUGCAGAGGCGGAGGAGGGGAGGGAGAGGGUUACGGGGCAGGGCAGUCAGGGUGUUUACGGUCUCCUCUAGUAGAACUAGCCUCAUCUGA